AUGACUGUCGUUGAAGUCCCCAGCAAGUUUGACCCCGUGCGGUUCUUGACUGAUUUCAAGAGCACCGCCAACGCCAUCGGUGCCUCCUACUCAGAGUCAUCCAUCUUGGAAGCUCUAAAGACCUUCAAGAACUGCUUUCAAGACGGCGCAGUGAUCUGGCGUACCACCAACCGAGAGAAUGAUCCCGUCAAUUACCGGUUCUACCUUCAGCAGCGAUUGGACACAAUUGAAAUCGCUACAAAGGGCGGCUACAUUGAGCCAGGCAACCAAAUGGCACGACUGAUCACAUCUUGGAGUGCACUGUACAAUGGAGAUACUCAACAAUGGUGCGACUUUCACCCCGAAACAGGCUUGGCCAAAACCUGGGUGAAUUUGAAAGGUCGACGACCAGUCGACGACAUCCUAAACGCGCCAGAAGUUCCACCCUGUGUCCGGGCCCAUAGGCCAACAUUCCGUAGCUUAGGCUUGGAGCUGGUGAGGUUCCUCGCCGUUGAUUACGAAGGAUCUACCAUGAACCUGUAUUUCACUGCGCCGGGUCCACUUUCUGAGACCCAGGCUGCACAGUACACUGCAUUGGCUCAAUGCAAACCUCCCACUGAGGAAGAAUUUCGUGAUAUGCGUUCAUUUUUGAAUCCUCAAGGCUUUGCCUUUGCCGUCACGAUGAAGUAUGACACGGGAGUUAUCACACGUGUGGCAUUCUAUGCCCUGAACCUCCCGGAGAACCAGUUGCCUGUGGUGAAUGACCGCGUCCUCGCCUUCUUUGCGGCGGCGCCGUCAUAUGACAAGCAACAAACCAGGAAUGUUGCCUGGUCUUUUGGGUUGGGAGAUAAGAAGUAUAUGAAGGCUGAGUCAAGCUAUGUGGGAGAGCUUGCUACCGUCUUGAAAGACGUCGGCUCUCCCCUCACUACUUCGUCGUAA